CCAGACAAACGGUACAUUUCCACAUCCAUGAACGUGUCUACGUCGAAAUAUCUCUACGAACAGCAUUUCGAGCAGAGUAAUACUGCAUCGUUUUGGUGGGAAACGCAUUCUGAACACAGGGAAGCUUGCCCGGGGCAGACGAGAGCGGCACGACGGUCUGCAGUGCGCGCGAAGGAAAGUUCGGAAGCGGUUGAGGAGGAAAGAAGGCCUCGCUCAGCGUUCUUAGACCUGCGGGGAAAAGUGAAGAGCGCCGCCUGACGACCGCCGUACAGCGGGGUGGCUCAGUCAGGACACAGCGGUGCGCUACAUAAACUCUGGCAAAAUCUGAAGAGCGCCGCCAACUGCUCGCCACAAGGUCAUUUUGAGGCUGAGAACACAUAUCUGGAAUGGGAAUGCACACUCGACCCGCCCAGUGAUCGUGACUCAUAACCUCUGUUCUGUGAUCACACAGCACUGCAUCUGCGCUUCAGCACACCAAUUGUUUUUAUUUUAGAACUGUAACUUCCUGCAGUUACCAUGAGUGACCAGGAGUAUGUGGAGCAUCAGUAUAUGUGCAGUGAGUGCCAGCAGCUCUUCAAUACCUUGGAGGAGGUUCUGGUGCACCAGCAGAUCCACACUGGAGGAGAGGGGGAUGAGGUAGAAGCCAUUCACAGCCAUGAGGAUUAUGAGACUGGGGAGAGCCAGUAUCAGUGCUUGGAGUGUGGAGCUAUCCUCAAGAAUCCAGACGAACUGCUGCUUCAUCAGGAGCUGCACAUGAGGGAGGCAGGACAGGAGGUCUGUGAGGUCACAGAGGUGGGUGCUGUCGAUGCAGAAACACCAAUCCAGUACCAGUGUCUUGAAUGCCUGGCACUUUUUGACACACCUGAACUAUGGUUGGCACACAGGCAGACACACAGCAGAAGCAGUACUCAUAGCAACCUGACCACUGAAGCAGAAUUUAUUCUUCAGGCUGAUGGUUCAGUCACUCCGGUUCAGUCGCUCAAUGUGCAAAAUCUAGUCCUGGAUGAACAGAGGGCAGGCCAGAUCCUAACUUUAGCCCAGGCUCUUCGAGAGCAUGAAGCCCCAUCUAAGUCUGCAGCCCCUCCCAGAUCUAUGUCGGUGCCAGCAAAUGCAUCCCUGCCUGGCUCCACCUCUGCUAUGCUCCGCCUACAGUUCUGCUCCGCCCAAGCUAUUGCUGAUGGAUCUGCUUCAGUUCCUCUCCGCAGAGCUAAACUCCUUGCACCUCUCUUACCCGCUGAUCCUAUCAGGAUGGACAAUGUGUCCACUUUGAAACUCAUCCCUUCCUCUGGUCAGGUGAACACUGUAAAGAACGAAGAGGAGGAAAUUUUAAUAAUUCAUCCGUAUGAGUGCUCUGAGUGUAAUCUGCUGUUUAGCACACCAGAGGAUUUCCUUCAACACCAGGGGGAGCACUUCUUAGGCCAGGACAAGGAGAGUGGGGGCAUUGGGGUGAUGGUGGGGUAUGAAGACUAUUCUAUGGUUCGAGAGGAUGAAGGAAGAAGCGACGGAUCAGAGGAGGGCAGUAAAGUUGGCAAAGCUAUUGGUGGUAAGCGUACAUACGCUUCCCGCUCCGCUAGUUUGACAUUCGUUUCACCCAGCAGUCUUCAGUGUGAGGAGUGCAAAAGAACGUUCACCACAGCCAAACGGCUUGCGGCACACCUUCGUGUGCAUGAACAAGGAACACAUGAGUGCCCAGAGUGUGAUAAAGUGUUUAAGAAAUUGGUGUCACUUCAGACACACAUGCGCACACACUCUGGUGAGGCACGCUUUUUGUGUGUGGACUGUGGACAUGGCUUCACCACAGAAAUGACACUCAUGAUGCACAGGAAAUCCCAUACUUCUGAGCCACUGCACAGAUGCCCAUUUUGUGCCAAAACCUUCACCAACAUGACGAAGUUCCUGUACCAUCGCCGUACUCAUAGAACCGGUGAGACAGCUGCGCCAGCCUCUCAGUUUGUAUUGGCCCAGCGAUCACCACUCUCCAUCAUUCAAAGAGCAAAGGAACGAGAGUCUGCAUGGAGGAAAGAAAGACAGGCACUGCCUGUGACCGAUGAAAGAAAAGAGCUUAGUGAAACAGGCACUAAUCUCACUGUAGGUAUUGCUGUGGUCUCACAGUCUGCAGAGCAUGCAGAAAAUGGGCUUUAUGUUGAACUAACAGAUAAAGAAGCCCAAAAUGGAGACAAUAUGCUUACGGAUGACCCAAACAUUUCAAUUACUGCCAUUGUGGAAGGAGGUGGAGUGGAGGAAGGUAAACACAGCAUUUCUGCUGCUGAGAUAGUGCCACAAUUACCUUGCACUAUGUGUACAAAAAGAUUCUCCUCGCAGAUCCGUCUGUUGCAGCACCGUCGAACCACUCACACCACUGAAAGACGUUUUAAAUGCAACAUCUGCGGGAAACCGUUUAAGAAGCAGAUCCAUCUGCGGAACCACCUGCGCACGCACACCGGCGAGCGUCCGUUCCAAUGCAGCGUGUGUGGAAAGACCUUCUCAUCUCUUGCUAAUCUUUCCCGCCAUGGACUCACACACACUGGAGUCCGUCCCUACAGGUGUGACAUUUGCCACAAAUCCUUCAGCCAAUCUUCUAAUCUCCGUCAACACCGUCAGCAUCUUCACAGCAAUGUCACACCUUCACCCUGUCCAGACUGCUCUGCUACGUUUAUCCGUCCUGUUAAACUUGUAGUACACCGUUUUCUUCAUCACCCAGGGUCACCAGCACCUUACCCCUGCCCACACUGUUCUGAGGGGUUCUUGCGCAAGCGCCAACGAGACCUACAUUGUCUAGAGGAACAUCCUAACCUAACACAGCCGAACAGCAUCUCCCAGGACACCCACAUUGGAGGUCAGCAGGCAUCAGGUUUGAUGGAUGGUACUGAGCAGCAGUGUGCUCCUUCGAUGGCAAGACCCAAUCUGGAUUGCACGAUCUGUGGUAAGCGCUUAAACUCUCCUGCAAAUCUUCGCCUGCAUCAGCUAAGUCACGGACUUGGGCCCGGCAGGCCACGAGGCUCCAGCUCGUCUACUGCGAAGACUCACCCUUGCCCAGUGUGUGGAAAGCUGUUUGUUUCUGCCUCGAGUGUCACACUGCAUCAGAGGGUUCAUACUGGUGAGCGUCCAUAUCCUUGUGCAAUCUGCGGCAAGCGGUUUCGACAGAACACACACCUGCGUGAGCACCUUCGCACACAUUCGGGUGAGCGUCCAUUUCGGUGCGAGUUCUGCGACAAAGGCUUCGUGCAGAGCAUGCAUCUGGCAGAACACCGGCAUACACACACAGGUGAGAGGCCACAUGCUUGCAGUGUAUGUGGAAAGACCUUCAAGACUGUCUCAAACCUUAGGAACCAUCGUAAGACCCACACUCUUACACAAAAACAACCAUUGCACAGUGAUGAUACUACUGCAGAAACCAAUAUAGCAACCGUUGCUGUUAUGGAUGCUUCUGAAAUGGACCUUGCAACAGCAAUACCGGCUCUUUGCCAACAGGAAGUGCAGCUUGGACAGCCCCAAGUCAUUCAGAUACAGACAUCUAAUCUGGCACAGACACCGGGUAUGCCUACUAUAUUGUGUAAUGAGUUUGGAGAGACUAUAGCCAUCAUAGAGACAAGUGGAGACCUGGCAGAGGCCAUAGAGCUGUACCACACAGCAAUGGAAGGGGGCAUCAACAUGGAAGCCAUGACUGUGGACAACCUGCAGUUGAUAUGAGAGAACUGAGAAAAGUGCAGCACUCCAAUGGCCAUUUUGGGUCAUGGAUUUUCUUCAGAAUUUGAAGAGUGUGAUUAAAAGAGAAGUAGUGAUGGUUGAACAGAACUGAACAAGUGGAAGUACAAAAAAGUGAAAACCAGAGAUUGAAUUGAGCAGUUUGAGAUAAAUGUUUCCAAUUCAACAGUACUAUGGAAUUCACUUCCAUUGAAGUUCAUUAAUGUGUGCAAACCUCAAAAUGACUUAUUUUCAGCCAUAUUUCCACUUUGUUGAGACAAAGGUCACAUUUUUGUGACCAAACGUUAUUUCCGCUAUCUAGUGGACUGACAUGAGUGGCCUGUACAGCCUUCUGAGAGGUCUGAUUUUAAAAGAUGCAACUGAAGAUACCCCAAGUCCAUGAUAGGAUGUGUUGGGAAUGGACAGUAUGUCUUACCGCAUAUGACAUAUGUCUUAUCUUAUUCAGACAGUUGGACAGAUCCAGAAGGAUUGCAUGAAAGCAAAGUUUUCAAAAGUGAAGAAUUACACCCAUUUACAAUGGAGAAAUGUAUAAUACAGGAUAUUUGUGAUUUGUUAAAGAACAUGCUACGAUCUGACCUGCAGAUUUUGUGAAGAGGUACCAAAGAUGAACAAAACAAAUGAUGGAAAAGUGUGUUCAAAAUAUCUGUUACUGCUCAGCAUGGACAGGCAUUGGAACGCAAAUCUGCAUUAUCCAUUAUGUCCUAGCUGCAAUUAAUUGUAAAUGUGUUACAAUAUCACAUCUCUUGGUUCAUACACUGUAUGUUAUUUGUAGCAGUUUUUUAAUAGUUAUAAUGGCGACUUGGAUAGUUGUUGCAAAUAAAUGUAAAAAUUUUAUCUCUACCACUAUUGUAAAUGGUUUGAGGAUGUGUGCCUUUACAACUGCACUAUUGUCUGCAAUCAUGAAUUCACUUUUUAACUCUGUGUUAA